CCCAGGAGGAGCCCGCCCAUCAACCUGAACCACUAUGCCACCAAGAAGAGUGUGGCAGAGAGCAUGCUGGACGUGGCCCUCUUUGUGUCUAACGCCACGCAGCUAAAAGUGGUGCUGGAGCAGGGGCCGUCCUCUCUUCACUACACCACCCUCGUCACCCUCAUCAGCAUUUCUCUGCUCCUGCAGGUGGUCAUUGGAAUCCUCCUCAUGGUCAUUGCUCGACUGAACCUCAACGAGGUAGAAAAGCAGUGGCGACUAAACCAGCUCAACAAUGCAGCCACCAUCUUGGUCUUCAUCACCGUCAUCAUCAACGUCUUCAUCACGGCCUUCGGGGCACAUAAGACUGGGUUCCUGGCUGCCAGGACCUCAAGGACCCCUCUCUGAACACAGCCUAGAAGGUUCUGGGCCGGCCACUGCUUCCUCCUCUCUCCCCCGCUGAUCUGCCAGGCUGGUGGGCACAGUCCGCAGCCCCUGGGAGAGCUCCUGGAAGGGCAACAUAGAUGCCCUUGCUUCCUACCCUCGGCCCCGGAACAAAGAUGGGCCCUUUUACCAGCUUAAGUGAACUCAUCUCGGUCUGGUGCCCUGAGCUCGGACUCGGGUACCACCCACCUUCCUCCUGGCAGCAUCUCCUGUACCUCAGGCAUGCCUACCAAAGGCUGGGCCUGCCCAGCUUAAGGACUCUGGUUCUGACCCCACCCCAUUCCUCCGCUCUG